UAUGGCAACUGACAACAUUGGCCUAACUAGUGUUAGCGAUUACAACUAAUGAGCUACAGAACGUAAUUAGUUGAGGGUUUUUUUUUUUAAAUUAAUAUUUGUGUGAUACUGCUCCAUAUUUGUCGGCUAUUUAAGGUGUUUCUAUAACACAUGCUCCUCUAACACUGCUGACCGGCUGGUUUUCUGACGCACAAACUUUUUCUGCCAACUAGCUAGAGGUAGCUAGGUAAUAAAAGUACGACAGUUACCUUAACAUGUGCUCCACUGGCAGUACAGAGGAUGUUUUGCAGCAGAUGAGCAAACUGUGGUCCAUGCUGGAUGAUCUCUCUGAAAAUGACCCUGCAGCCUACCGUACGCUUAUAGAGAAACAGAUAAAGGAAGGAGCUGAAUUCAGAGCGCCGCCCGAGCUGUACACCUGCCUCUGCACUGAAAUACUGAAACCAAAGAAAGGCCUGCUGUACAUCAACAUAUGCGGCUGGAAACGUGUGCCUGCGCCUCAGGAUCCCAGCAGGCCUUUACCAGUGUACACUGGGAAACUGGAAACAGGCACAAAUGAAGAUCAAGGCUGGUAUACUGUGCUGGAUGUGGCAUUAAAUCCUGUGUUGCUGCAGGAAAGUAGGGAGAACAAAGCAGAGAUUAACCAGGUCUAUAUGCUGGCCCUGAGCUUUGCCCAGAAGCAGCUUGGGAUGACGUUAUCACAGCAGUACAGAGUUGUCAACAGUAGCCCAAAUAGUAGCCCAGAUGAGUUGCACUGCCGGCUUGGAUUUCAGAAGUUGUCCAGUGCCCCCAAACAACCCAACACAGCCGGUCAGACACCAGCUGCCCUCCUGCAGCACAUCUCCUCCCUACGAUCAGAAAACCAAGAGGACUCUGCUCCUCAAAUUAUCUUUAGGCCUGCAGAGAAAAUAAAGAAGGAUUUGAUCCAGGUCAUCUCAGCCGCUUCUGUAGAGCCUCAGAAGCCAGAGUAUCGACUCGAGGUGAAGACCGAUGCAGCAGGAGUUCCUGACAGCGUGGAACUGACGGUGGAGCUGCCAAUGGUUUGUUCCAUGUCAGAAUGCCAGCUGAGCAUGUCCAAGGAUGACGUCUUACUGGAGGUGGAGGAUCUUUACUAUUUGCUUGUGGACUUCCCAAAAACUGUAAACGAAGACACCGCGUCUGCCAUCUUUAAUAAGAAGAAACGAAGACUUACAUUGAAAGUGAAUGUCUUGUGAUCAUUUUCCUUAAUUAAGAAACAAAUGUGCAGUGUUUGUUAAGCUAGCUAAACACUGGCAUUGAAAAUGCCUCAAACAAAAACAACAAAACUCCUGUUGUGCAAUGUACAAAUUAAAAAAAAAGGGAAAAAAGCACUGAGAGCGCAUUGUGCUGUGGAGGGACUCGUAUUCUGCCUCAGAAUUCAAGUUAACUAACAAUAAACAGCUUGCGUGUAAAUUGAUCCAUUUCCAAGAGCAACAUGUUUGUGAAACAAAUAUGUAACAGUGUCCCUUUGUGCUGUGUGGGCUGAGGCUCAGCAGCAAAUUUAAUUCUAACCCCCCACCCCCCCCAAAAAAAAAAAAAAAUUAAUUGACUUUAAUGACAAUCUG